AUGUCUAAUAAAAUUGAAGAGAUUGACAAUUCAGACAUUGAAGAGGGAAAUUUUAAUUUAGAAAAUAAAACAAAUAAUAAUUCUGAUAAUAAUAAUCCUACUUAUUUAGCAUUUAUCGAUUCAGCUGUAAAAUUAGAUGACGAAUUAACUACUGAAGAUACUUUUAUCGGUGGUAAGCCAAUAUGGCUUGUUGAAGAUUCUAAACCAAAUGAUGAGUUAUUAAAUUGUAAGAAUUGUAAAAAUCAUAGUAAUAUGAAAUUAUUACUCCAAUCAUUUGCUCCACUGGAUGAAGAACUUAUGGAAGAGCUCCAAGUUAAGAAUGAUGUGUCAAAUUUAAAUAUGAGUUAUAUCAAUGCAGAUGAUGAUAGAGUAUUAUACAUUUUCAUUUGUACAAAGUGUCAAGGUAAAAAUAAUUCUAUUAAUGUAUUAGAGGUGUUAAGCAAAAUAAAUACUCAAUCUAAUCAACAAAUAACAUCUAGCUCAAUUGUUACUGAGAAAAUUAAUUCUUUGGAUGAGGGUAAAAAAUUCGAUAUAAAUCCAUUUGAUUUAAGUAAUAACGCUAAUCCAUUUGCCAAUGGGGGUGACAAUAAAAAUAAUGAUACUGAUAAUAAUAAUCCCUUUAGUAAUAGCGCCAAUCCAUUUGCUUCAAUAAGUAAUGAAAAAAAUCAACAGACAAAAGAGAAUGAUAAAAAUGAAGAAAAAAUUUCAAUAAAGAUGGCAAGAAAAUUACAUGAUAAAAUGAAAGAUAAAGAAUUUAAUAAAGAUAAAGAAUUUAAAAAUUAUUUAUUAUAUGUUGAAGAAGAAACUUUUAAAAAUAAAAAACCGGAUUUUUUAAAAUUACCUAAAAAUUUAAAAAUUAAUAAAGAAGCUGUUGAGCUAUCAGAAGAUGGUAUUAUUGAAAAAGAUACUCUAGAUGGAAAUAAUCCAAUUAAAUUGGAUCCACGUACAGAAAGAUUAUCUAAAUUUUUAGAUGAUGAUACUUUUCAAAAAUUUCAAGAAAUUAUUGGUUAUAAUCCAGGCCAAGUCUUAAGAUAUAAUAUUGGUGGUGAACCUUUAUUAUAUAGUAAAGAUAAACAUGGCAUUAAGAAUAUCAAUGAUAUAGUUGCAAGACCAAGUUAUAAUCCAUCUAGUAAAAGAAUAUUUGAAAUGCAAUUGAUGCCCAAGAUGAUUCUUGAUUUGGAAGAAGAUGAUAUAGAUGUGAAUAAAGGUAUGGAAUGGGGUACUGUUAUGAUCUUUAGUGAUCUUGAAAAUUAUAUUCCUGAAUUUGAUUCAAAUGGUGUUGGAUAUGUUGAAGAAUUAGUUAAAGUUCAAUGGGAAAUUAGGGACACUUGA